ACAGGUUUGGAAGGUAGCAGGCUAGAGUGUUUUUAGAACCACAGUCGAGACAUGGCUUUCUAUUUUUGUCAUAUGUUCUGUAAGAGUAUUCCACGGUGUGUAUCAAACCAGUCCGUCAGGGGCUGGGCACAGCAACGAACUUGUACAAUAGUAGGGUACUGCAGUCCCAUCCCCAGACUAGGGUGGGAUCCUUCAAGUUACUCUACAGUUUCUAGCAUCAAGAACACCCAGGAAAGGAUUCAGAGAGGUGCUGGGCGGUCACGUCAGUUUGCUAGCUGACUGUGAUGGCAUCUAUUAUUUUGACUUUGGCACUCCUGUGCCCCAGCAUUGUUGCUCAAACCUUGGUGUCACAAACAUGCAAUUUACAACGCACCGCUACCAUUCAGUCUGGUGCACAAGCCAUAAUAGGUGGUGUCAUCAAGAUACACGAAAAAGGAUCAAAUGGUUAUGGAUGUGGUGUGCCAACAGGAAGUAUGCAGGCAUAUGAGGCUUUGCGUUGGGCUCUGAAUCUCAUCAACAAAAAGAAUGAAACUCUAAAUGGACAAUACCUGACUGACUAUUAUGUGCCUGGAAUACGCCUUGGCAUGCAGAUUAUGCUGUAUUGUGGAAGCAGUGAUGAGUCAGCGGUGGCAGCAGUUCCAUAUUUGUUUCCUGGUUUGUCUUCAGACACUUUGUCAUGUGUGGCCUCUCCUUCCAACAUGACUUUGGGUAUUGUGGGAACAUCUGACAGCGGUUCAACAAAUGGUAUUUUGUCCUUUACAAAAAAAUUUAAUAUCCCAGUCAUCUCUUAUGCAUCUACUUUUCCUGACUUGACUUACAGCAAAAUGUUUUCUAACUUCCUGCGCACUAUACCACCAGAUGGACUUUUAACACAGGUCCUUGGUCUUUUCUUGGUGCGCCUAAACUGGAAGUACAUUGUAGUUGUGUAUGAAGACUCUACAUAUGGACAAGGAGCCUAUGAUCAAUUGCGACCAGCUUUGGCUUCAGCAGGCAUUUGCUUGACUGCUGCCAUCAGAGCUGAUCCCGAUGACACAACACAAGCAACUGCGCAAAGCAUUCUUGGACAAGCUGUUGCUGCCGAUGCUGUUGGUGCAGUUUUCCUUGGUAGUACACCUCUAGCAUCUGCUUUGUUGAGAGAAGGUGCUAAUGUUAAUGGUGCUGGCAAGCUACAGUGGAUCUUCACAGACUCUGUACCUUUGGAUUCUGACUUCUCCAUUGUCUAUCCUCGAGGCAUAAUUUCUAUAGUGCCAGCUUCUCGCUAUAUUGUAGAGUUUGAAGACCACUGGGUACGAAUCGAUGAAGAAAAUCCAUCUGUGGAAAACCCAUGGUUCAAGGAAUGGUAUAUGCAGAAAUACAACUGCAGGCUUAAUGGCGUGUCCAACAGCAAGUCACCAUGUUCAUCAAUGUACCAGGGACUGACGGCAGCUGAAAUAGAAAGACGGAAACGACUCAAUUUUGUACAGGAUCAGUUUGUUGAGCCAGCUGUGCAUUCAGUUUUUGCAUAUGCUGCUGCACUUCGUAAAGCACAAGCUGAUAGAUGUGGAAUUGGCUUCUCAGGGAUUUGCCCAUCACUGGUAAACAUGACCCAUCAGGAAUUUCUGGUGUAUCUGAAGGCUGUUAAUUUUAUUUAUGCUGCUCGUGAACGUGUUCCUAGCUUGGCUUCUGAUCAGUAUGCACCAUACUAUGCAGCCAAAAAGCUUUUGUUUGAUUCCAAAGGAGACCUUGUCAAUCCAUCAUUUUCUAUCUGGAAUUACAACAACAUCCCAAAUGGUGAAGGUGAAGCGGUAUACAGAUUUAGAGAGGUUGGAAAUUACAUCUCAGGUCACUUGACUGUUAGUUUGGAUCAGAUCGUAAUGUACACAGAAAAUCGCCUUGCCCGCCUUCCAGCACUUCCCUCAUCACUUUGCCCUGCAACUGGUUGCUCACCAUGUCUUGGACUGCCUUCUGAAGUCAAAUAUGUUUAUAUCCAUGGUGACGUCAUCAUCAAUGGAAUAUUUUCCUUACAUAGUAAGGGAACCAUAAAUUUCUCUUGCGGUGAUCUUGCUUCAAAAAUCCACCCUCUCUACCUAGAAGCCAUGAUCUAUGCAGUAACCCGGGUAAACAAUGACAGCAGCAUUCUGCAUGGGGUGAAGCUGGGUGCACUGGGCAUCGAUGACUGCAUGGACAGUAUACUUUCAACUAGCUUUAUUACUCAAGUGCAGCAAGGUCUUCUCACCAUCAAGGAUCAAGCAGGGAACACUCUGGACCCACGGAAGGUGGAGGCAUACACUGGAGCUUAUGAUGCACCUUUGACUAUUACUCCUGCUGACCUCAUGAAUACUUUUAAACAUCCACUGAUUGGCUACAGGGCAUCUUCAUCAGUGCUUGAUGACAGAUCAAGUUAUCCAUAUUAUGCUAAGGUUUUUCCCAGUCUGGAGGAUGAGCUGCGAGCCAUCAUCCUUAUUUUGGAAAAACUGAAAUGGUACUAUAUUCAGGUCAUGUACAGCACAGAUGCAUAUGCAGAAGAAGAUGUGAUGAUGUUCAAACGGCUAGCUGCACAAGCAGGCAUUUGCGUUGUUGCAUCAUUUGAUUUCGAUGAUAUAGCCAGUUUUGUCCUUGAUGCACUCAAUGCUCACAACAAUGUUAGACCAGUUGUGUUGUUGCUUUCUUCAGACAAACACCAAAAGUUCCUGAUGUACCUAAGUGCACUAGGUACCACAGGUGAUUUCAACUAUGUUGCCACAACAACUCUUGGCAGUGAUACUACCAUCAUGCAGAGAUACACUGGGGUAGGUGAAGGUUACAUUAGCAUUGACUGGAGCUUGUCACCUCUCACACAGUUCUUCAGUUGGCUUGACCAGCAGCGUGUAAAUACAUACACCAUUGAUCCCUGGUUUACAGAAUGGUUUGAAGCUCUGUACAACUGUUCCCUAGGAGGCAGCAGUAUGGGUCGGUAUCAGUCUCAAUGUGCUGACACUGCUAACAAAUCUGUGACCAGUUCACCGGGAUUUGUAAAGGAGCUAAAUGUUGGACAUGUCAUUAACUCUGUCUACGCAAUUGCUCGUGGACUGAAUGCUGUACUCCUACGCUACUGUGGUCAGAAUUACAACCAAGUGUGUGGAGCUUUCACCAAUGCUGCAAGCAAAGGAAUGGACUUGCUGGAUGAGAUACUCAAAGUGUCUUUCCAGAUAGAAGACUUGCCUCUUCAGACAUUUUCUUUUGAUGGAUACAGUGGUCAUGUUCCCUUCAUCAUCUACAAUUUUGUAUCAGGCACAUUUCUCAGUGUAGGUACAGUUGAUCCUCAGUCCAACACAAUACAGACAUCUCAGGACAUCAAACUAUACGGAAGCACAAGCACGUCUUCAGUGUUAUCAAUGUGUGACCAACCUUGCCUGGAGUGCUUCUACAUGUUUACUUAUCAGAAUUACUGGUAUAUAGAUGGAGACCUCCUGGUUCCAGCUGUGUUUGAUGUACAUUUCAAGGGAUCGUCCAUGUUUAGUUGUGGCCUUCUGAGAGAAACAAAUGGAGUGCAAUACACUGAAGCAUUCAAAUAUGCUCUCGAUUUAGUAAACAGCGGCACCCUAUCCAGACUUGGUCUUCAUGGUGUGCGACUUGGUGGCAUUGCCUUUGAUGGUUGCACUAAUCCACCACGGUCAUCAGCCAUCAUUAAUGGUGUCAUGGGGCGAACAUUGCCAGUUAAGAAUGAUAGAGGUAGUAUGGUAGAUCCAUCAAAGUUCAUCUCCUGGUUGACCUAUGACAGUGAGUCAACUAUGAAAGCAGCAAACCUCCUGCAAAUGAUCAACAUGCCUGUUGUCACACCAUUCGCAACAGCUCCCCAGCUGUUUAAUAAGACUAGAUAUAGAACAUUUUUCCGAACCAUACCAUCAGAUGCUUUGAUUGCUAAAGGUAUGGCCGACCUUUUGGGACAAUUGAAGAAGUUUUACGUCAUCACUUUGAAUGCCCCUGAUGAAGGCAGUCGAGGAGCUCGUGAUAAAUUUCGGGAAUACCUAAAAGAUUAUGGCAUAUGUGUUAUUGCUUCAUUUGAAUUCGAGACAGAUGGUACAAUAGAAAUCAUCCUCAAAUCUAUCAGUGAAUCAACCACCCAGUUUGUGGCUGUGUUUUCGGAACCAGAUCAGUAUAUUCCAGAAAUGCUGCAGUACAAAAACGAUCAUCUUACAUCUGACAUCAUUUUCAUUUCCAACCGGUGGUGGGAUCUGCAACGAUUGGGCUUUGCUUCAAAAAAUGUUGUUUAUCGUAGCAUGGCCUUCAGACUUCAAGAUCCCACAGUAACUGGCUUCAUACGCUACUUGGAGAACCUUUCAUUAACAAAUACCACCAACCCUUGGUUGCCAGAAUAUUAUGAGGCUUUGUUCAAGUGUAACUUGGCUGGAUCUUCUAAAUAUAAUAAAGCUUGUGAGCAACAGAAUCUGGGCCGCAGUAACUCUGUGCAACAGGAUUUGCGUACUCUGUCUACCAUCAAUGCAGUCCAUGCGUUGGCCCUGGCGCUGGAUGAAACUCUACAGCUCAAAUGUGGAGCAAACUACUCUGGUGUUUGCACACAGUUUUUGACAGGGUUUGAUACUUUGGACAUCAUCAUGCAAAAGAUGGACAAUGAAACUUUCACAGAUAUAGUGAAUUUGUUUUUUGAUUUUGUUGAACGUGAAGCCAACAGGAACUUUGAGGUUCUAUCUUACAAUGAGCAUGGAAUAUCUAACAAUGUGGGCACUUUAACAAGCGAUGGAAAAGUAGCGUUACUUAUGGAUACAUCCCUAUACAGCUCUGUCAGGUCACAAUGUAGUGAAGACUGUCUUGUGUGUUUGGGGGUUGAAUCCAACUUCAGAAACUUCUCAUACAGAGUUGGUGAUCUUUACAUUAUAGGGCUGUUUGACGUCCACAAUGGGAGUGCUUCACCAUAUGCAUGUGGCAGCAUCAAUGAUCGCCAGGGUCUCCAGUUGCUGGAAGCCUUCAACUAUGCUGUCGAAGUCAUCAGCAAUAAGACAGGCCUUUUCACUGGACUGUUAAGAGGUGUGCGCAUUGGUAGCAUUGGCUUUGACGUCUGUAAAAGUCCACUCCGAGCUGCUAAUUUGGUGGCUAACUUUCAGAGUGGGAGGAUUCCUCUUGUCUUACCUGGCGGGCUUACUGUCAACCCACGGCAAAUUUUAGCAUAUGUUGGCCCCUUUGACACUUCUGCAACUAUUGCAGUUGCUGAAAUUUUGAGCGCCAUUGGUAUCCCUCAGAUUACAUAUGGAGCAAUGGGGCUGGAGUUGCAAGAUCCAGUACACUACAGUUAUCUCUUGCGGUCAGUGCCUGCUGAUGACAAACAAUCACGUGCUGUUAUCUCUUACUUGAAAUUCUUUAACUUGACCAACGUACAGGUGAUUAGCACAUUUGAGACAAUAGGUGAGAUGAUGAAAGAAGAGUUUAUGCGUCUAGCAUUACUGAACCUGGUUUGCAUCACCAAGAAUUACACUGUCGGAGAAACUGGAGUUAUUACAGAUGCUGAAGCUACAGAAGUUAUUACCAAAGUCACAAGCGUGCCACAAGCCUCAGUGGUGGUUUUGCUUGUUGAUGACCCUUUCCCUAUCCUGAAGGCUGCUGGGAAAAAUCCUACAGCCCAAAAAUUUUUGUGGGUGGCCACCAACAGAUGGGGAUUUAAUCCAAGAUACCUGGAUGGCCAACUAAAUGAUCUGCUUCGAGACCGUAGUAGUAAGAAUGUCAUCAUCUUUGACAUUGAGACAGCAGAUGUUCCUGGUUAUGAUGUAUAUCUUGAAAGAAAAACACCAGACAACUAUCGCACUGACCCCUGGUUCCAAGAUUACUAUGAAUUUUUAUUUGGCUGUGUGUGGAAUGCUGAUGGUUCAGGAACUGCUGCGUGUGACAAAACUCGUGGCAUUUCACGUGCAGAUAAUUACAUCCAAGAUCCCUAUGUUCUGUAUGUUGUCAAUGCUGUUUUCUCUGUGGGUCUGGCAAUCCAUGGAGCACUGUACCAGGUAUGUGCAGCAACUGAUGGUAUUUGUCCCAAGUUUGAAGUCACGGGAAAUAGGCGUGACAUUGUUUUGGAGCAUCUAAAGAAAGUCAACUUCACUGACGAUACGAUGCAGCCAUUUUACUAUGAGGCAACUGGACAAAGCUCUAGAGGGUUUCAUGUGUACAAUGUGACUACUAGUAAUGAUGGGACUUCAUCGUACAUGUAUAGAAAUGUUGGAUCUUACAAUGACACCCAUUUUCUGAAGGUAAAGCUUGACAUCACCUAUGAUGUGAUUUACGAAGCACGCUGCACACCUUUUGUGAACUGUACAUGUGAAUUUCCACCCUACGUGCCAUCUCGAUACAUGCUGAAGCCCUCACCUUCUGCUCUGAACCUAGUUUUUGUGGGUGAUAUUCAUGAAGGUUACUCUGACAACCCCUUCAUGUGCAGCAACACAGUUAUUGGCAGAGACUUCUUUCGAAUGAUGGCUUUUUUCUAUGCUAUCAAUAGCGUUAACCUCAACAGUGGUCUGCGCUAUCCAGAGUCUCUUCGUCUUGGAGGAUUAGCUCUGGACACCUGCUCUUCUACUCUCAGGCUAGAUCAAGAUAUUUUCAAUCUUCUCAGUGGAUAUGCUUUGUGUGAUACAAGCUUGACUGGACAAGUAAUUGCCCCAUCAACAGUUGUGGCCAUUGUACCAGAUGGCAAUGAGAAUGCUGUAGGUGUAAGCGAAAUUCUUGCAUCUACAAACAUCACCUUGAUUUCUCCAACAGCCACUAGCUCAGAGCUGAAUGAAUACUAUAUGUCCUCAAACUUUCUGAACAUAGUACCUCCUGAUGAGCGUCAGGCGUUAAUCAUUUUACAGAUUAUGGAUUAUCUGAGCUGGGACUAUGCCACCAUCAUCUACACACAAGGGGCAGGCAAUUUAGGUGCUAUGAAUGAGCUGCUUAAUCAAGCCAGUGCUGCACGCUCUGUGUGCUUUGGACAGGCACUUGGGUUGCCUCAGCUAGCUUCCAUAGCAGAUGCAGAAAACAUCCUGGAGCAGGUGGGCCAGCAGGUGGGCUCUAAAGUUGUUGUCCUUUUCACAACUCCUGACCACACUCGUCUCGUGCUUCAGGCUGCAAAGAACAAAGGGUUAGCUGGCCGCUAUGUCUGGCUUGGUACAACCACAUGGGGCCAAAGCAGCGAAAUUGUUUCUGGUCUCGAGCAAGAGGCAUCAGGGGCUAUCACUCUACAGGCACAUUCUGUUAUGGUAGAUGACUUUCGCAAUUUUAUCAAAUCUCUAACUUACACUAACCGCCAAGGAGUUCCAGAUGACUGGUUUGAAGAAAUUUACCAGACCCUGCAUCAGUGUGUCAUUCGAGAGGCAAAGCGACCACUUCCUUUCUCUUCCUUGUGUACAAAGACCGAGCAGAUCACUGAUGACAUGGUGCCUUAUGAUCCGACUGUCCUUCACACUAUCAUUGCUGUGUACAUGGUUGCACAAGGUUUAAACAACAUCCCAUCCUGCAAAAGCUCCUCCCUGACGAUAUCUGCUUGCCUGUCCAUAAUCCAAAAUCGUCACCAGAGUAUCUAUGAAGCCAUUCUGAAUUCUGAGUACAGAGUGCUUCCUACCCUUCUGGGAUCCAACUCGUUCUCAUUUUCCUUUGACAAAAAUGGAUAUGGUAAUAUUGGCAUUGACAUCCUUAACUUUCACAGUGACCCCAGCGGUUCUGGCUAUAUCUAUUCCCUUCUGGGAAGUUACACAAAUCAGCUCAACUUCACUUCAAGAAAUUACCAGGGCUUAAGCCUUUAUGAUGUCGGUGUUAUACCCAACUCCAACUGUGUUGGUUCUCAGUGCAAGUGUUCAGGCCCUGUGUCUCUCUCUGGAGUAUCAACUGGAGACUGGACAUAUGAGCCAAGUACAUCGUCAGCGAAAGUUAAUGAUGAGGGCCGAACUUAUUAUGACCCGCAGACAGGACAAUUUUUCUAUGUGGAAAAAAUCCCUUCAGUUACUUCCCGUUUCUCAGACAUGUGGGGUGUUGCUGUUUCAACACUGGCAGCGAUAGGGGUGUUUUCAUCACUGGCACUUUUCAUCUAUUUGCUUGUUGUUUACCCAGUCCGAGGAGGUACAUCCAUUCUUGGAUAUGUGCUUGCAUUUGGAAUCAUUCUUUUGUAUGGACUGGUAUUUGCCUUUGUUGCACAUGCAAGCAUGGAGCUUUGUGGUUUAAGGAGAUUCUGUCUGGGGAUUUGCUAUGCUAUCUGUUAUGGAUCACUGUUUGUGAAGCUGGUUGACUGCUGGCGAUCCCGGGAGAAAGAAGAUGUGUUUGAAGUCAAGUACAACAAACUCGGCCGCCCCCUUGGCUUCUUCAUGAUUGUGGUACUGCUUGUCCUGGUGCAGGUCAUCAUUAAUGUGGAGUGGCUGAUUCUUGAGCCACCAAAAGUGGUUCGAAUAUUUUACAACUCUCAGUACUGGCCACGGUGCACUCCACAUGAUUUUAGUGAGGAGGGACUGGUGCUCUCCCUUUGUUACAUUAUGGUCAUCAUAUUCCUUACUAUUAUUCUUGGUCUGUGCACUUUCAACAGCAGAAAGAAUCAUCGUGAGUCUCGCUGGAUUCUUGGCAUUGCUAUUCUUGCCGUGCCUACCUGGGUAGUUUGGUGUGCCUGGGCCAUUCUGGGGGCCGUUCGAACUCGUGAUGCUGCGGUGGCCAUUGGCCUGUUAGUUAACGCUACAAUCUUGCUCCUUCUGGGACCAGUGCGUAAACUAUAUUUGCUGAACAAGUACCAGGCUCUUGUGGAUGAGGAGGAGAAGAAAAAUCUUCGAGAACAGCAAGAAAGAGAUUAUGCAUCACAGUACGAGAAACAGUAUGACAACAAACCUAGACUGCAUGACAUUUCUUCUGCUCAUGGCAGUACAAGGGGCAGCACCUACCGCUAUCCUCCCUCCAGUGUGGGGCGAUCAGGGGCUGCAUCCUACAGAUGAGACUGAUGAUGAUCCUUAACUCUGCAGACUUGCAGCAGGUUCUAUGCAAAAACCCUAGUGUCAGUUGAAGCAACCAUAGUGGAACUCUAGAUUGGUCAAGGGUCAGCACAGUCAAGGAGCUGUCAGUUUGUACCUGACUGUACAUUUGUAUGUUUUUUUUCCACAUGAUACUUGCAAUUGCCGCAAAUAACCAUGUUUUGCUUAAUUUCUUGUAAAUUCAUUCUUAGCAAGAACUUCAUUUUAUUGUUUGUUGUCAUGGAUAGCUUGUUUCUUCUCCAUUUCAUCAAAAUUUGGCACAUCAUUAAGGGAACUAAGCAUAUGUUGUCUCCCCAUUUCAGACAUUUUGUUGGUUAGUUUCAGUUAGCAAUUUUAGUCAUCUUCUGAUCAUAUGGUUAGCUUUUUUGGGGUGAAAUCUGUAUUAAAAAAUUACUUGUUCUCUAAUUUUUCUCUUUUAUUAAUGUUACUGCAUGUAACAAAAGAAUGCAGAGAAUAAUCUUGAGUCAUUCCCAGAUUAUACUGCUGCUGGCAUACUGCAUCUGUUUGAUAUGAAUACUUAAAAUAUACUUUAAAACCUAGUUUAUACAUUGGAAGAAAAGUGUAGUGUGUAUAUGCAUUAAAGAAAAGUGCGUGCAUGCACACAUAAGGAUGAAUAUGUGCAUAUGAGAACGUUUAUUUGAAUGUGUGUGUUUCUGCAACAAGCAUUUGUUUCCUGUAAUAAUUACAAAAUAAACUCUGGAGCAAUUUUCAUAGAGCUUUGUUAAACUUUUUAGAGCAACUGCUCUUAUUUCAGGCGUAACAUAUAAUAAUUAGGUUUUAUGAUGCAUAAAAUAUUUUAAGUUAAAGUUAGGGUUGGUUGUUGAGACUUGUAUUUAUCCAGCGAGCGGGGUAUAUUGGCAACCCACAUUUAGCAGUGAAAACCUCCUACUCAUAGACUCAGGGUAGGUUGCUUAUAUCAUUUUACCAUCUGGUAAUUUAUCAGAGGAACUCUCUGUCAAUAACUUUCUCCCAUAUUUAUUACAUAUGAUAAAGAUCAUAAGUUCACCAAUUUUCUAGACCUGGUAGAUAGGACAUAUAAGUACUCAGCUGCAUGGUUUGUAUUGUUGGAUUCAUUAUCCAAGUAGUAGAUACUAUUAAAAAACAAAGCAGAAUAUCACAACCCACACGGUGCCCAUUGUUUCCACUGGUAAUGUUGUUUCCAAAUGAAAAAAAAAAUUGUUUGUCAUUGUCUAAUACUUGUCUGAUGUACAUCAUUUGGUCAGAAUAAAUUUUCUCCAUAGC